AUGACCUGUCAGUAUAUUAGUAAUGCUAAUACAUCAUUUUCUGAGCAAAAGAAAAACUUGUCCUUGUAUGACCUUUCUCUGCAUCGCAGCGGCGGUAUAAAUUGUGCGCCGCCGAGUGAACGGCAUCAGAUCCUUCUGGAACUACCAGUCAUCAUGAACGCUAAGGUCCUGCUCCUAGUAUGUCUUGCAGCCGUUGUUGCUGCGGACAGUUUUGAAUCUGCUGAAUCAGGUGAAUACAACUUCAACUGGGCUGUCAAACACGACGACUCCGGCAAUGACUUCGGCCACCAGGAAGCCCGCAAUGGAGACAACACACAGGGAUCCUACUACGUGCAGCUCCCCGACGGCCGCCUGCAGACCGUCAGGUACGUCGUGGACGGCGACAACGGAUACGUGGCCGAAGUGAACUACGAGGGCGAGGCUCGUUACCCCGACUCCAAUGAAUCAAAAUGAAGACAGUCUGUUAGCUCCUACGUGAAAAGAAGCGAUAAGAAACACACCCGAUGUAAUAGUCUGUUUAAUGCUAAUCAGACAGACUAGAAUGAUCUGAUCUGAUGUAAUUCCCACAAGUCUUUCCAUUCUCUUUUAAGUUCUGCUCUAGGAGGGGAACCAAAUGCUGUAAAAAUGCCUUAUUCAUUGUUGCUCUGCAAUAAAUUGUCUCCUUAUUAACAA